AUGCCGCCGUCCGCAUCCAGCAGUAGCAGCAGCGACGCCACCACCAGUCCGGAGCAGGAGCAAGCGCGCUCGGGCAAGCGCAAGCGCGCCGCGGCGCCGCACCCCUCCCCGUCCCUCCUCACCACCGCGACGUCCUACGUCACCUCAGCAGCAGAGACUGUCGCCGUCGGCGCGUUGAUCGCAGCAAGCGGGACGGCAGAGGAACGCGCCGCGGUGUGGCACGAGUGGCGCGCGAACGAGCCCGCGCCAGACGGCGAGGACGAGGUCCACCUCGUCCCCGGGUGGGCAGUUGCGCGUGCGCGCGACGGCGGGGGGUUCGACCUCGCAGUCGACGUGCUCGGCGUCGCGACGGAAUUCGGGCUGCCGGAGCGCGCGACGCGGACGCAGCGCGCGCUGGUCGGCAUCGCGAAGCGUAGGUUUAAGAGCGGCAGCGCGACCCCCAAGUCUGGCGCGAGCACCCCCGGGCCGACCCCGAGCGUCGCGCCGCUCCCUGGGCGGCAGGGAACGAGCAGCACCGUCGACCAGGUGCUCAGCGCCGCGGGCCAUCCGGAGGCCGCUGCGCCGCCUGCGCUCGACACAGCGGGGGAGAGCACCGACGACGUGCUCUCCGACCCGGAGCACCUGCGCGUCGCGCACGCGCUGCUAGACGAGCGACUACGCCCGUUCUUCGCCGGCAUCGUGGCCCGCCGGCCGCUGACGCUCAGUCUGUUUGUGUUCCCGCUGCCCGCGGACGACUGGGGGGAGCCGGUCGCGCAGUGGUCUAGCGCGACAGACAGCGGCGGGCUGUUCCGGCACACGUUUGAGGUGCCGUGGGACGAGCUCGUCGCCGCCUGUCCGUCCGUCGAGCUGGGCUACGGUGUCGGCGUGCGCGCCGCGCUCGUGCCGAGAGUACAUGAGAGCCAUGCUCACCCCGCGAGCCUCGCGCCGAUCGAGGCGAGCGUGCUCAUGCGCAUCGCGCCCGCUGACGGCGUGCGGAUCCUGACCGACCUAGACGACACGAUCAAGCAUUCCGACAUCUUGGGCGGCGUGCGCGAGGUGUUUCGGAAUGUGUUUUGCCGCGCGAACGACGAGUUGGCGGUGUGUGGCGCCGCGGGGCUGUUCGGCGAGCUUGAAGCCGCGGGCGUGAGCGGCGUGGACAUUGUGUCCAACUCGCCGUUCGAGCUCGGGCCAGUGAUCAAAGACUUCAUGGCGACCAACAACUUUCCACCGUACUACACCCUAACGCUCAAACUCUACGACGGCCGCUCGAUCGUCUCGUCCCUCUUCGAAGGCCCCGGCCAACGGAAACGGCCCGGCAUCCUGCGCGUGCUCGACGCGUUCGCGGGCGCCAAAUACCUGCUGUUCGGGGACAGCGGCGAGCAGGACAUGGAGACGUAUGUCCGGGUUGCGGGCGAGCGGCCGGGGCAGGUGCUGGGCAUCUUCAUUCGGGACGUUACUACUGGCCGGGUGGCGAGGGCGUCGCUUGAGGGCGAGGGCGAGGGUGUGGAUGGGGGGGAAGGGGACGGGGAUGGGGGCGAGACACGCGCCAUGCCGGGGGCGUUUGGCGACGCCGAUGACGAAGACGACGACGACCCGAUCGAGGCGGGUACUGCUCCAGCAGGACGCGCCGCGCGUGCAGGCGACAAGGCGUCGGCGUCGGCUACAGCCUCGGACGCGCAGGCGACGACGCCGCCCGCAUCAGCACCCCCCGCGUACGCCCUUUCGGUCGCCUCGACGUCCGGCCGCACCGCCGACGAGAUGCGCAAGACGGUUGCCGAGCUACAAGGCCUCAGCGCAGAGCAGGACAAGCUGCGCCGGCAGGCCGAGGCAUGGGAGGCGCGCGUGGACAAGGCGCGGGGUAGCUUGCCCGAGGGGGUGAGGCUGGUCGUGUUCCGGGACGUUGACGAGGUGGAGAGCUUGGCUAGGGAGCUGGCACGGGGGGCGGUGUAG